UAAUUAACGACUCACUAAAAACAUUUUUAAAGGUUUAUUAGUGAAUCCCCAUAAAAAGAGGAACCUUUGUUUUAUUUUGUAAUACAAAAUGUGAUACAUUUUGUUAAAAAGAAAAGUUUUCCGCCAUAAACAAAGGUGUCACAGCUAGUUAAUGCCUUUUCCCACACCUGGAUAGGCCGUAAAACCUGUUGUCGCGGCCAUAAUUAAAGUUCAAACUCACGGCUGCCCAUUAAAGCCGAAAACAUAAUGCCCGGGCAUCAAUUAAAAAUGUAUAAUUGAAUGCAACAAUUACAACAAUUGGCGGUGUCGUAUCGGCCGGGCCGAAAGAACUGCACGACCUCGACAUGCAAAAGCCGAAAGCCCCAAGCUGAGCUUCUCUCUCUCCCAGUGGAUGUUAACUUGGCCUAAACGACACGCAGAGAGAGCAAGCCAAGUGGAACCUAAGAGCCGGAGAGCGAGCGACAGGUCUUAACUGGGCUUUUACUGUUAGCCGGCGGGCCUCACCAGCGAUCGCUGCAGCAGCUGACUUCAGUCUGCCGCUCGCUUGGCUACGAGGCGGACGCACUUGCUCCACACAGCUCCUCCAGUCUCUCUCCCUGCUCAGCGGGAAACCCGUUCGCGACCGUCGCGCAUGCGCCGUGCAUUUCGUAUUUCGUAAUUGCGAUCGCGCCGUGUCCCAGUUUCUUGGCGUUCGCUUUUCAUUUCGUUGCGGUGGAAUCGCUCGACUCUCGACACUCGACUCUGUUGGCCAAGCGAAGAAAAAAAAUGCCCAUGCCCCAUUGAGCGGUGGUGGCCCAAGCCGAAUAAUUAUUAAUCCAAAGCAAGCGGCCAAGUGAUGUGCAAUCGACUCGAUCCGCCGCCAGGAUUCAGUUUGGGAUUAAGACAGCAACGACAGCAUGAGAUCGCAUGUGGCCGUCUACAGGGCGCCAGAAACAGCUCCAUCACUGCCACCAGCCUCCAACUACGCUCCCCUGCGCUACCAUCAGCAUCCGGUGAGCCAUUGGCCACUGGGAAACCAGCAGCAACAGCAGCAGCAGCAUCAGCCGGGUGCAGCUCCUGGAUAUAGGCUGCAUCACGGUCCGCCCUCGGCACCACCGCCCAACUGGGCAGCAGCUCAAUCGGUAGCACCUCCUUCCCAAUCCAACCAGAACGCUGGCUAUGGCGUGGUGAACCAGCAGCGUAUCAAUGAGUGCGCCGGCAUACCCCUCAUCUCGAAUGCCUCCAGCCACCUGUCGCCCGCCCAGCGGCAGAGAUUGCUGAGGAAAUCCGCCCAAAAAUCAUGCCCAACGUGGCCACCUGGCGGGGCCACCAUGUCCCAGCUGGCUGUGCAUGCCCAGGGCAUGCCACUGCUUCAGCAGAAUGGCAAGCAGCAUCUGCAACAGCAGCUGCAACACCACCAAACACAUCAUCCACACCAUCAGCAUCAUCCUGUGACCACCAACUGGAGUGGAGCCUAUCAGCCGAUGAGCAGUCAAGCUGGCUUCAAGAUGGCGGACAAAUCUAGAGCCCUACGCUAUCAGAACUCUGCUCCACCGGUGCUCAGCAGCCAGGAGAAGCAGACAGCCGCCAAUAAUGCUGCCAGCCAGGAUCAGGCCACUUCAUCGGCGGCGGAGACCUGUCUGCCCAGGAUCAUCAAGCCGAGGAAGCGACGCAAAAAGGACCGCAAGCCAGGCAACGGAGUGCUCCUCAAAAUGGAGUCUGAAAUGCAGACCAAGCUUACCAAUCCUGGAGAGGGCUACGCCGCAGGAGGAUCAGGAUCCUAUCACCUGCCCACGGGAAUACUGCAGCAUGAUCACACGCACGGAGUGUGCUUCUGCCGGGAAUGUGACCCACUGCGGUCUCUGUGGGAUUACCCUCUGCGGCGAUCGCUUUCCGAUGCCUCCUCCAGCGAACAAGGAGGCAGAAGUAGGGAGUCCUCCUCGUCCACCUCGUCCACACACUCGGACAGCUCCUGCGAUAGCUCCAUCUGCAGCCAGAGCCUGCCCAGCUCAACGGCUCUGCAGGAGGAGGCCACCGAGGAGUUUGCUCCCAUCACCGGCGACAGCAGUCGGGCGGAAAUUGUGGGCGUAAUCGGAUCCCAGCGGAGUCAUCCGAGUGCCGUGACCACACCCUCGCAAUGCCUGAGCGAUGAUUCCGGCUAUGGGGAUAUUCUGAGUGGGAUCAACAUAGCCAACGAUCUGUUUGGCAAUUGCUUCAGAGGCGGGAAACUGGGCAACGCCUCCUCCUCGAUUUCCGCCCAGGCGGAGACGCUGCUGGAUGAGAGCCUGAAUGAGAUAUCGCGCAAGCUGAUCGAGACCUGCAAUGCGGCGGAUCAGGCCGGAUCGGGAUUGGGCUCGGGCCUGGGAUCGGGAGCAGCCAGCGACAGUGGCUUGGAUAGCGCUGGCAGCCACAACUGCGGAUCGGGCCUCGUCUUUAACUUUGAGCAUUUGAAUCUGACGGAUGCGACGCCCACAGCCUUGGAUUUUCUCGUGGAUUGCAACAACAAUAGCAGCGCCAAUAGCUUGGGCCUGAUGUGGCGUGCGGGAAGGCAGCCAAGUGGAGGAGGUGGAGGUGGAGGUGGCUGCCACGAUGACAGCCAAGUGGCAGCUGCCAAACUGGGCCCAGACAGCCGCGCCACACCCACCAGGCUGAUACUGGGCACGGUGGGUAAGCUGAAGCCAGCGUUUUCCACCAUCUCGUGACGACGACGACGACUAUGACGACGCCCGUGGAAAACUAAUCAAAAUGAAAAUCAAAAUCAGAGUGCCUCAUUUUGCAACGAUUUGGAGAAACGUGAGACGACGACCAGAUAACGAGCAUGCGUGGGCGGUUUCCAUUUUGGAUAGGGGAAAUGUAAAUGUUCAAUCUUCCGAAAGCACUUUUUGAGUUUCUACCCAACCCAAGUUGCGCAACUCCGGCGAAGACGGCGGAGAAAGAAGAAAACCCAUUAAAUGGAUAUAACGCACAUGUGAGACGAUCAUCACAUCAUCAUGAUCAUCGCAGUCAUGAUUGUGAUUGGAGCGAAAAACAAAAGGCCAACGAGCUGACCAAAUGGGCGCUGUUGGCUGCGAGAUCCCCGGCAAAUGGAAACUUAUGGAGACAGGCACCGGGGAACUGGAAACCUUGUACAUACCACAUACACACAGUGCGACUAUCCGACUAUCCGAAUCCCAAACCGACUUCCACUUCAUCUUCAACUUCAACUUUCACUUUCACUGCGACGGCGGCGGCGGCGGCAGUAGCAGUGGCAGCGUUUUGUAUAUCUGUAUCUGUAUCUGUAUUUUUUAGGAGAUUUUUCUUUUCUUUUUCUUUUUGCCAAGACCACAGAUGGCGGCGGAGCUGCGGGUGGGGGUUACGGGAAGGGUCCGACUCUUAUGCAGAUUUUGUGGCGCAAAAAGAAGAAGAAAUUGUAGAAAUCGUGUAGAUUAUACGAUGUGAACCCUAGAGAUACUUUAACUAUACCCCCCCAUAUCUGUAUAUCUUGUACUUCAUACAUACCAUUAAUUGUUGUUGUUAUUUGUGCAUUAACGUCAUCCGUAGGGCCCUUAAGAUCUGGGCUUUAUACAGGGUAUAUUCCGUGUGUGUUAAUUUUUAUGUUCGAGCUUAAGCCACGUUCCUACAUGUUAGUUGUGUAUCUUUUUGAAUAUGUUUUGGGUUCUACUUUAAUGUUAACUGAUUAGUGGGUUUUCGGUUUUUACCUAGUACGUAAAGCGCUACAACGUGAACUUUUAUAGUUGAUAAGAUUAAUGCUUAGGUUAUCCAUAGAUUGGGGAACACAAACAGAAAGGAUCUCUAAGGGUUAAGAGCGAUGUUCUUAAAGCAGAGUUAUACAUAUGUACAAUGCGUUUUAGAACCUCGAAACAGGUUGUCUUAUAAUUGCCUUACAAUUUUGAAACGCAUUGUGGCUUGAGAACUGGAAACACACUUUUUCCCCAUUGAAUAUUCAUAAAUCUAAAGUGAGAGUUUCGCCGGGCUUCUGAGACGCUCAAAUUCAGCUUACUCACGGCCGAUCGGUAUCAUAUCAUGUUAUAUCUUCGAGUUAAGACUCACAUUUCCGACUUGUCUGCAAUUUGAGGCCCAUAAAAUGGCCGAAAGAAGAUCUGGGUGCGCAAUUAAUUCCAACUGAGAUCGCCAAGCAUAAAAUCUAAAUCUGAAAAUCGAGAGCAGCCCUAGUUACCUGCUUAGCUGUUUGCAGUUGGCGUUGGCGAGUAAAAGUUUUCGCCUAUUUCUAUUUUUUUCUCCAUUUUUCUUUUAAUUAAAAGAAACUCACGAACGCGCAGCGCGCACAGAAAUUGCUUGAAGUUUUCCGCUCCAGCUCGACUCGACUUGGCUUGGCUUUCCUUGAAUUAACUUGGCUCGAAUCGUGUUCGGCUGAGAGCGCGUCUCAGCAUCGCGCGCCGCCGCCGCUGGAAAAUGUCACAGAUUUUCCAUUGGCAGGUUCCGGGCAGACGGUUUGUGUUACCAUUCCCCAGAUAUAGAAAUUACCACUCGAAGCUAAUUUAUUUAAUUAAUUCUAUUUUCACUAGCUCGUAUUGUUGUGCGCCCCCUCCAUCGUAUUAUUGUAGUGUUUUGUUCGUUCGUAAGCAUCGUUUUUGCACAAAUAACAAGCCUAUUUAGUUAACCCAUCAAUACAACACAGCACCACAUUUGUAACCCAAACAGCCCAGACAAUAUGGCCAACUUAUUUAUUUUGAUUAAGCCCGAACGAGAACUCAAUAAAAAGUGUAAACAAAAGUGUCAAACAAAAAGAACCUGAUUGCUGUUUUGAUAACCCCGAAAAAUAGGUGUUGAAAUAGCCAAAGAAAAUCGAAUGAGGCACGUUUGAGCCGCCUUUGGAGCCGGGAAAAACAAACAGAAGUCGGCGUUUUCUGGGCCCAACUCUCAGAGAUCCCUGAUGCACUGCACCGCCACUCGAAAAUGAACUUUCCAAACAUUAGAAGAGGCCGCUGCACAGAUUUCAAUUACCAAAGCGGCCCCGGAGAAGAGUGGGAACCGGGAACCUUUCACCGGGGUGAAUCUGCUUACGCCGGCUUUCGCAAAAAAAAAUAAAAAAAGAUAAACCGCUGUCAUAACCGUAACCGGCAAAUUAAUUUCUGGGCAUUUUGUGCCCGUCAUUAGGCUAAUUAAUGUCUCCAUUUUAGGGCCUCAUUUGCUGGGGUUCUGCUCUGAGUUAGCCCGGCUAAGCCAACUGCUUGUUAAGUCAGCUUCUAGAAAGAGGGCCGAUUUCGGGUUGCCUCUUUCACAAUGGCCGGCGAACCUCUGGAGGUCCGUGCUCCAAGUUUCGACU